UCUGAAAUCUCUGGUUCGGAAGUUGUCAUUGGAACGCUGUGACGUCUAACAACUGCGCGACAUCUGAUAGCGAUUACUGGUACGAGAAACAAGGAGUUGCUGAAUGAUGACGGACUCGUCGCUUCUUAACUCUGAGCUGGACUUACAGCAACAGGAAGAGUUGUAUCAGCAGCUACUGUUACAGACCCUUGGACAGAUCAACAGUGAAAGUCCAGACUCCAAAGUAAUCCGACCAGAGCCUGAAAAGUGUUGUAUGAUUGUUGUCUUGCAGAAGGAUCCCUUAUUCCAGCAGUUUGUUAUCCUCGUGUCUGUAGAGGGUUUAGAAAACAAAUACAAUCUGGAGCUGAGUAGAGAGUGGAAGGUCCUGAGAAACAGAAGGUUUUUGGGUUCUGUCAGUGAGCAGAAUAUCCGCACAAAGAGCAGGCCGGUCAUUGAAGAGCUGCAGCCUCCAGAUCGACAGCUCUGCGCCUGCACACGAUGAUAUGAUAUGUUGAUGUCUCCUGCACAGGGGUCGUCUCGCUCUCUGGUUCUGGAUGUGGGGGAGGAUCGACUGGUGUUAACAGCUCGGCCCUCACUCUUCCAUCUCGACAUCUUCCACCCCUUCCUGGUUGACGAGGAGAACAGCGUGGCACAGUACAACAGCAGCACACAGAUCCUCACAGUCACUAUGCCCGUAGUGUCUUCAUGAAACUGCAGAAGUCUUGUUCAGUUUGUGAUGUUUUUAAAAAAAAUAAUACUGCAGCAAUAAAAGUGUUAUUCAUAAA